AAGCGUGAAGAAAUUGAGCGCGCGAGCGAGGGAGAGCGAACAAAUGCCCGCGAGAGCGAGAGAUUUUCCAAACGAUUUUUUGGGGGCGAUCUGCUCCGCGCUCAGCAACGGGACCACAGCACAAGCGGGCCAGGCGAAGGAUCGGGAGUUAGUAUAGUGCCAGCGGACUAGUAAGUAGUGCAGUGGUUAGCAGUUAAAAAUAAUUGCACCCUUUGUGGCCCACCCGCCUUACCAGGUUGCUGGGGCAGGAGGAGCGCUGAUGCUGGGAAGGAGCGAAGUUAAUGGUGUAAUAGACGAGGAAUAGAAAAGGCGGAAAACCCCUCCCGAAACGGAUCAGGAAGCGUUUGUGUUUGUGUGUGUUUGUGUGAAGCUAGUGCUUUAGUGCAAAUAGAACCUUAGGUGCAAGAAACACAACCAAACUACACUGCAGUGGCUUAUCUACGAAGUACCGCGUGCUUCAAGUGUGCGUGUGCGUGUGUGUCCAUUCGUGUACGUGUACGUUUGUGGCGGUGACGGUGCAUCCUUUCGGCGGUCCCCGAUCCCGCUUAUCAGUCCGUGACCGUGGCAGGCAACAUUGUGAUUUAACAGCCCCGAUACAUCGAUCUACAGCGUUCAUCUGGGACGGCGCCUACAUCUCAAACAGCGAGAGAAAGAGAGAGAGAGAGAGCAUAAGGGCAAGAGACUGGAUACAACACACCACUCAUACACACGCGUCGGUCGGUCACAGCUUCUCCAGCCAUAUUGCACAGUGCGUGGAAUCAAGCGCUCCAUUCAUCGAUUCCGAUGCCACCGCUUUGCAGCCGACUGUGCACGUUGGACCAGCCCGACCAGCCUGAAUGGUAGGCUACCGCCGCAGCACGCGACGAUGGGCGACCAUACGCCAGUAGUAGUGCAGCACUAGUGACAACGGUGACAAAAACUAGCCAGCAUUCAGCCCAGCUCGCUCGCCCCUGCUCCACGAUAUGCACCGACGGUAACGACGCAGACUGCUGCUAGGGCGACAGUAAGCGACCAGCAUCGACGGAGCAAGCAGAAACAGCAGCCAUAAUCGCGCAACGCAUAACUCUAAGCACAACCGCUCACACACUCAUCCACACAAACAACAUCGGUCGAAACGUAACACAACGAGGUUUAAUGUAACGGGCAAAACGGGCUUUACUGCUGCUGUUGUUGUUGUUUUUGUUGUUGUAGUAGUGCGGCAAGCAGACGGAAGUGAACAAACGCACACACGGCCCCACGGCGUGUGACAACGGUCCUAAGCAAAGCGCGAAAGAAAUCACCGAUAGAGCAAUACUAAACGAUAGGCUCUGGAAGCAGCAGCAGAAGGUGGUGAAACAGAACGAAUUUUUACACACAAAAAUUCGUUUCGACCAAAACAGUAAGCAUUCCUGCGUGUGGGCUCGCCGUGUGGGCGAUGGCGCUUGUGGUACGAAGGGCGACCGGUGUCAGCCCUGUCUCGCUAACGAUACGCUCAUAAGGCUGAAGUUGUUCGACACGCGAAACAACUUCCAUCGCUUCUUCAAGAUUGGAAUGUCCUGCAGCGUAGACGGACUGCCGGCGGGGUGUAGACUCCGGGGCAUGGGCUCAACCGUUCAGAGUGGUCCACUUAAUUCGUCUUUGAGUGGGACGCAAGAAUCAAGCAACAAUGUCGUGCCGCUACAGCGAGCGCCAUCGCAGAAGCCGUGCUGUUUCUGCUGGUGCUGCUGCUGCUCCUGCUCCUGGGCUAAGUGUUUGGCUAUAAAAAAUGCAGAAGACAAUGGGCCUACGAAAAAAGACCAAGCUAGUUCCGAUACCCUAUUCGAUGGUGAACAACCAACGCUGGAGGAGAUACGCAGCUGGGGCAAAAGCUUCGACAAACUAAUGCGAAGCCCCAGCGGGCGAAAAGCGUUCCGGGAAUUUCUGCGCUGCGAGUACAGCGAGGAAAAUAUACUCUUCUGGCUGGCCUGCGAAGAGCUGAAGAAGGAGACGAACCCGGAAGCGAUAGAGGAGAAGGCUAGGUUUAUUUAUGAAGACUAUAUCUCGAUUUUAUCGCCGAAAGAGGUAUCGUUAGAUUCGCGUGUAAGGGAAAUAGUUAAUAGGAAUAUGGUGGAACCAACGCCGCACACUUUCGACGAAGCUCAACUACAAAUUUAUACACUUAUGCAUAGAGAUUCGUAUCCAAGAUUUAUAAAUUCUCCUCAAUUUAAAACACUGGCCCAAAUUCCAGACGGUGUGUCGGCGUCCGGUUCGACGGCCGAAAGUCCCAGCAAUUAGAGCCACCGCGUGCGCGUGAGCCAGCUUAGUUUUGCGGUAAUUAGUUUCCCCCCUGCGCAAACCAUGUGUUCACGCAGCGAUCGUUCGCGUACAGAUGCAACGGGAAAGAAACGCACACAGCCUACUACUGCAAACGCCCAGCCCAACAAGGAUGGAUGGUUGAUCCGCUGCAGAAGGAGUCUUGCCUGAUCGUAUAGCAAGCGCAAUGGACACUGGGAGGCUUUUUUUUAAUGUUUUUAGUUUAAAAUGUUACGUUUUUUACUCGUUUUUUACACCAUUUUGCUUCACCGUUUGGUGAAGGCGAUGCAGCAAGAAAACCCCCCCAAGAAAAUGAUAUUUAUUUGCAAGAACGAAACGAAUGCUUCGAACCGGCGCCUCAUCCCGGUUAACCCGGUGGUGCCCCGUUACAGCCCGUUAGCUAGUAAGAAGCAUUAGGUGGCGAAGCAAGCGGCCCGCCGCUAGGAGCAAAAGCAAUCCGGAAAAGAAGGACUUGUCGCGACAAAGCAGAUGAAGCAGAGCACAACCAACGAGGAAGAGAGGUGGAGUGGAGCACGGUUUUUUUACGUAAAUAUCUAAACAAUCGUAUUAUUGCGCACAAAAACACACACACGCUGAGACACACGCUCGCACAAGUCUACUUAUAAAUUCAUACAUACCGUUGCGCUCCAGCGCUUGUGUGUGUGCGUGUGUGUGAGUGGGAAGGUGUGUUAGUGUGGGUGGUUGAGUGUGUAGGAGAGGAACAAUCUGUAAUGAAGUGUAACAAACAAUCAAGGGUGCGACGAGGAGGCAGGCACACAUUUCAGGUGAACAGUAAAAAACCAAAAAGCACUCAUACACCCACAAACCAUAUUUUAACGUCCCCUUGAGACCACUAGGCUACUAUAAUUGUUCGUUAACUAAAGAAAUACAAUUUAAUAUAGAGAGCAAACUAGAGACAGUGACAGAGAGGGGGGAGAGAGAGAGGGGGGAGAGAUUGCAGAAGAGGGAAAAGUUUGACAAUGAUUAGUAAGAGAAGACGAAAAUAGCACAAAUUUAACACACCAACCUGGUUCACCUGAAGCCCCCCCACCCCCAGUAGCUAUCUCAAUCGUGUACCAAUGAUAAAGAGUUUAGUAUUUAUUUUUCCUACCUACCUGUUUGCUUGUGUUUUCUAGAGAUUGUGAAGGUGGAAAGAUGAAAGUGAAACAUAAACACAAGAAGGAUAUAGAAAACGUGUUUAUAGAUACAGAACGAAUCACACACACACACACAUACACAUUUGUACACAAAAACGCCUAAUCACAACGAUGCAAGAUGUUAGAAUUUUGUUUUUAUUUUAAACUCUAGCCCUAAUAGUGCGUUAGUACAUUCGUUGUUAUUUUUUUGUUUAGUUUUUCUUUGCGCUAGUCACACGAAUUUAAGCUCUUGUUAAGAGAGAGAGAGAGAGAGAGAGAGAGAGAGAGAGAGAGAGAGAGUUAAGGAACGAGGGAAACAGAAAGUUUAUUUAUUCCUGUUUGCUUGUUGACCCGUGCUCGACUCGAGUCAAACUGUGCCGAUAGUUUAUUCUGGUCGUUAAAGCUGUUUAUUGUAUUCUAUUUAGUAAGAUGUACAGUAGCUCCAACAACAUCCCCACACACGCACCCAUGCAGCUUUAGUUACCUGCCAAUCAAUGGUAGAUUAUGUGGGGUUUUUAGUAGUUACUUCACAAAUAUUUCAAGUGUGAAAAGGCAUCUUGAUUUGAUAGUAAUUAUAAAUCUCUAUGUCCGAGGGCCUAGCACAGUGAAUCCGUUUUGCGAAUGCUUUAUUGUUGUGACCACACACGUACACACCCACACACACAUAGCAAAACACAUACACAAAACAUGCGUGAGAACGAGGGAAAAGGGAAAGCAAGAGUAUAGUAGAUGUAAAACGAACCAAACAAGCGAGCUAAUUCACAACUUUAGGCAAAAUGUUUAGUCAGACGCUCUGAAAAGAAAAAUCCUUUGGAAAAUUAGAGAGCAAAAAAGAGAAGAUACUGUUAUCGUGCAAGAUGCUGCGGAAGUAAUAGAAAGAAUGCAAAGAGCAACACAAUGAACCUGAUCGUUUCUUCUCCACCACCAAUCAGUCAUUCAGUAGUAGUGAGCUGUUGUAGUUGUAAGGGCGGUGUGGUGCAAACAAAACAAAGCGUGGUGAGAAACGCGAAACAUGCCCCUUGUCCUAGGGGCAGUUCGUUAGUUCAACAGUUUGUAGUCUGUAUUUAUAAGAUUUCUAUUUUUUCUAUCGACAACAAGCGGAAGAUGAGGUCUAGCGGCGCGAAGUAGUUGGCAAUUAUCAUUACCAAGAAUAAUAAAACAAAAAAACAACAACAACAAAAUACAACCAAAACCCAAUCAUAAGCAAAUGCAAACGGAACAACGGCGGGAAGAGUGGCAAAGCAUGGAAGAGGUAGCAACAAAAAGAAUAACAACAAACAACAACAUUAUAACAUAAGCACACGGAGCAAAACAAUACAAAGAAAAGGAAAAUAAAACCAGCGGACGGAAGAACGAAACGUGCAAACGUGCAAAAACAACCAUAAACCACUAAACGAAUGAUACAGAUGACGGAAGAGCAAUAGUGAACAAGAAACCCCACGAAAAAGCAUAAAUACAUUCACCCCAAAACAAAACAAAAAAACGUUUACAACAUGUUUUUUUCAUUUUCAAAUAGGCGUAAAUCGUAAUCGGGUGGAAAAGAAAUCAAACUAUCACAAUACAGCAACACAAUAGAACAAAGAAAUUAAAUGAAAGAGAAUGAAAGAAAAAGUAUAAUGUAGCGAAUGUGUUUAAAUAAAAAAAAACAGAGCCUAUACAAAUAAAAUGAUACAUUAACGAAACGUGUAACAGUGGGGGUAAUGGAACAUGCAAUAACACAAAUAUGAUAAUUAACCAAACAGUCCAAACAUGUAUACAAACAUGUAUAGCACAACGCACCACACAAUAAAUGGGGUAGGUAUUCGAAAUUUACCUGCAUUUAAGGAGUAUGUAAGAGCAGCAGCAGCAGCAGCAGUCAGUAACGAAACGCAAUCGUUAUCUGUGUGUGUGUUUGUGUGAUUGUGCGGCGCAGCGAGAAAAUGAUAGUAAAACAACACGUUAGUAGAGAUUAUUAAUAUUAAUGUGAGAGCAAAACCUAUCAAUAACAAACACCCUACAGUAACUUACAACAGCAAACCACACAUUCAACACACUCCCCCAGUCAUCCCAGGCCAAUGGCACACAAUGUUUAGGAACACUUUUUGAGGGUUCGAGCUGUUGAUAACGAGCAGAACAGAAGUUAAGGAAAUGGAAACAGUUUAUGUGUAAUACUUUGAAAUUAAGUUUUGGAAAUUGUUUACAGUUGAGUUUGCUAGUUGAAGAAGUAAGAGCAAUUUUUGUGUUUAAUUUUGAAAAUAGGCAGCAAAUAAACAAAUGAACAAUGAAGAACAGCAUAGAACUAUGAAAAGAAAAUAUUAAAUUACAUAAGCAGAAACAAUAAUAAACAAAAACAAACAAGAACACAAACAACAGCAAACGAUAACUGAAGAAGCGCAAAAAGAGAAGAGAAAAAUAAGAAAUGAAUCCAAUUGUGAAAAUGGGACUUUUUUACAACAACAACCAUAGCAAUGAAGUGGAAGAGUGGAGAUGAAUAACGUUAAAGAGCUUUUUGUUAUAGUAACAAAAGCAACAACAACAACACAGUGUACUAAAACACACAAAAUAGAACAGAGAAAAGGAACACUGUGUAAUAAGGUAACAACCAUGACCAAAUGGGAGAAAUGCAAAAAGGAGAAACAAAAAUCACGCACACGUGCAAAGGAACAGAUGAGCAUUACUGUUUCUUUUUAUACAUCUUCUUUAUUUAUUUAUUUUACUUAUCUUCAGAUAGGUUCGUGGAUAUGUUCAUCCUUCCUACAUAUGUUUGUAUGUAUGUUUGUAUGUGAUAGACAAAGCGAGAGAGAGAGAUAGAGAGAGUAUGUUUUAAGUAAUUUGAGUUUGAAUAUACUACCUCUAGCCCAACGCCCAACUCCCCCUCCUCCUCCUCCCCAUAUCCCUCGAAAAAGCUGGAGCAAACGAAGGUGUAUAUUUGUGAUACGUUAAGUGCUGUUUCGUUUCGAGUUAGAGUUUGUGUUGUGUCUUCAACGAAUUCCCGUUCGAAAUAGUUUCCAACACGACUACUUCUCGUUCUACUAUAUUUCUUUUACCGCAUAAAAAGGGGGGAGAAAGCGUGUUAGCAUGCAAUAAAACAGUGUUAAACCUAUAGGUAAUCGCGUCGGCCCGCGGGUAUAGCGUUUUGUAAAAAUAUUUAAAUCAAAGGAAGAAAAAAAUGCAACAAAAUAAAACACACAGAUAAGGGAAACAGUAGCUGACAGCUGACAUAGGGAUGAGGAAUAAACCAGUGGAGCAGUAUUUACUGCUUUCCACUAAGUAAGCUAAA